CUCUCCUGAAAACCCCAUCGAACAUCUAGCACCAUAUCAAUUCCCCAAGCCCUUCUCAACAAACACCCCAAAAUGUCCUUCUGGCAAGAGCUCGCCUCCUGGAAAACACCCCCAAUCUCGAUCAUCUCCGAUCCUCCACGGGUAGGCGUCAAAGCACCGAGUCGUCCACCCCUCGAGCUCCCUGCCGAUAGUAAAGUGAUCGUGAGAUUUCUCCGCCAUUGCGGAUGUCCGUUCGCCGAAAAAGCCUACCGCGACCUGGCCAACCACCCCGCCAUCCAAAGCGGCGAGGUGACCGGGAUCGUGGUAUCUCAUUCCUCAGAAGAGGCUACGAACAAGUGGAUCGAGGCGCUACAGAACGACCCGAAGCAGCCGGGGAGCGAUGCGCAGAACCCCGCGCCGGUGCGGGUGGUCGUGGACGAGGACCGACGCAGCUACGCGGCCUGGGGCCUGGGGGUGUCGUCGCUCUGGCAUGUGCUGAGCCCGGCGACGAUCGCGUCGGUGGUGAACUUGGGUCGCGGCGAGGGGAUCUGGAAUCGGCCGACGGAGAGUGGGAGUCGGUGGCAGACGGCGGGGGAUUUUGCGGUGGAUAGCGAUGGGGUGGUUAAGUGGGUGCAUGUGUAUGAGGGGGCGGGGAUGUGGGAGAUGUCGAUGAGGGGGUGA